UAAAGCAGCAUAUGACUCCCCAGCACCGGGCGGUGAUGAAUUGGGACGCAGGCGCGAACCCAGGGACCACUCCCCCUGCAUAGACAUGAGACCAUAGGGGACCUGUCUGGGUGGCCUCAGGGAUAGGCGCUCCCCAAGGUGUGAAUGAAGCAGGAUGAACUGGACGGGUUUGUACACCUUGCUCAGUGGCGUGAAUCGGCAUUCUACUGCCAUUGGCCGAGUAUGGCUCUCUGUCAUCUUCAUCUUCAGAAUCAUGGUGCUGGUGGUGGCUGCCGAGAGCGUGUGGGGUGAUGAGAAGUCUUCCUUCAUCUGCAACACCCUCCAGCCUGGCUGCAAUAGUGUCUGCUACGACCACUUUUUCCCCAUUUCCCACGUGCGUCUGUGGUCUCUGCAGCUCAUCUUGGUGUCCACCCCAGCUCUCCUCGUGGCCAUGCACGUGGCACACCAGCAGCACAUUGAAAAGAAAAUGCUUCGACUUGAGGGCCACGGCGACCCCCUGCACCUGGAGGAGGUGAAGAGGCACAAGGUCCACAUCUCAGGGACACUGUGGUGGACCUAUGUGAUCAGCGUGGUCUUCCGGCUGCUGUUCGAGGCCGCUUUCAUGUAUGUCUUUUAUCUGCUCUAUCCUGGCUACGCCAUGGUGCGGCUGGUCAAGUGUGAUGCCUACCCCUGCCCCAACACAGUGGACUGCUUCGUGUCCCGCCCCACGGAGAAAACCAUCUUCACGGUCUUCAUGCUGGCCGCCUCAGGCAUCUGCAUCAUCCUCAACGUGGCCGAGGUGGUGUACCUCAUCUUCCGGGCCUGUGCCCGCCGAGCCCAGCGCCGCUCCAAUCCACCCUCCCGCAAGGGCUCGGGGGGCUUCGGCCAUCGCCUCUCACCUGAAUACAAGCAGAAUGAGAUCAACAAGCUGCUGAGUGAGCAGGACGGCUCCCUGAAAGACAUACUGCGCCGCAGCCCUGGCACCGGGGCUGGGCUGGCCGAGAAGAGUGACCGCUGCUCGGCCUGCUGAUGCCACAGACCAGGCAACCUCCCAUCCUGCCCCCCACCCCUGUCCUGCCCCAGGCCUGCCCCUCCUUCUCCCCUGCCGGCGUGCAGGCCUCUACCUGCUAGAGGUUGCUCCAUCAAAACUUUCCUUCCCUCCCUACUUCUCUUCCUCCUCAGGGCCUUCUGCCUCAGGGCCUGAAGGUGUGGGGAGCUGGAGGCCACCCACGCCAGCACUCAAGGCUAUUGAGGGCGCAGGCAGCUCUCGUUGCCUGCACCCCUUUCUCUUCCCUCUCCCUCUCCCUGGGACCACUGGGGACCAGAGGUGGGAUGCUCUGACAACAUCUCCAAUUAUGAAACUAAUCUUAACCCCGUGCUGUCAGAUACCCUAUUUCUGGAGUCACGUCGGUGGGGAGGGAUGUGGGCAAGUAGAGUGGAGGGAGGGUGCUGUGGACGUGUGGGUGGGGAAGGGAGGGUAGCAAACGAAAGCAAAGGAGGAACAGUGCUUGCCGGCCCUGAGGAAAAGGAGGACAUGUCUGGGGUGGAGGAGCUAGGGAGGGAGAAGCAGGCAGAUAAGUUGGAGUGGGGGUUGGUCAGGGUUGCCUUUGCCUCUAGUCCUCAAGGCCUCUCUCUGCCUGAAAUGUUACACAUUAAACAGGAUUUUACAGUAAACGAAGAGAUGGCUUGUG